AUGUCCUCUCUUCAACGUACAAGUUUACAGAUUGAUGUGGAAGCUCGAUAUGCUAUGAUGGAUGAGAAGAAGAGGAAGAGGAUGCAGUCGAAUCGGGAAUCUGCAAAACGGUCGAGGCUGAAGAGGGAGAAACGAUUGAAAGAUUUGGUUACUGAGAUCGCCGUGUUGAAGCAACAAAUCGUGGAAAACAAUAAGGUAUACAAUGACUUGACUCAAAGGACUCAAUCACUGUUAUCAGAAACAGAUUCUUUGAAUUAUGAAAAGAUGCAAUUGGCGGAGUAUUUGAAUAGCUUGAGCUCAGUUUUCAUGAGUUCCAGGCUGAAGCAGACUGGUUGUUUAUCGAAUCAGCCAUGGCAAGUUGACGGUCCAAAGCAGCCUUCAAUAACAACUGGGAUGUCCAUGUCUUAG